UAUUGUAUCAUGAUACAAAUGAUUAGAAUCAAGAAAUCAUUUCAAUAUACGUCAUACUUAAAAAGUUGAAAAACGUAAAAUCAUGAAAGUCAACUUUUUGUCGAAGUAACAAUUAAUUCAAUUCAAAGCUAAAAACAUAAAAUCUGAAAUCAAUCAUCAAAAACUGCUGGAAAAACUGAAUAUUUGGCAUAUAAGGAAUAAAAUAGGAAUUUCUUGACACUACAAUGGUGUUGCUGCCAAUAACAAUUGCACUUAUUCUGCUGAUGCGUAUUGACAAUAUGUUAACAGCACUUCGAACGCAGCAAAAACUGCAAGAUCAGCCACAGCAAAAAUAUUCUUCUUAUAUCGAUGACUUAACUAAUAAUUUGCUCCCUAAUAAAAGGGAUGUUAUAAAAGAUAUUAUCAAUGAACAGUUUAUUUUACCAGUGGAUAUAAAUAAGAAUGAAUCAAACGAACACGAACGUAUUAAACGAUGCAUAUCAUUUAAGUUUGGCCUUAGCGAAACAAUAGAAGUAGAAGAUAGGGAUAUCAUGAAAGAUGCGCGCACAUCUUUUCUUCCACAAGAUACAACAGUAAUACCGCGCGAAUGUUUGGACAGACUAAGUUCAGUCAAAGCUGAUUCUAGUUUAAUAAACGAUAUGAUUACGCAACUACUGCGACGUCGUUCAAGGCGAACUUCCGUUGAUAAAAUGAGUACUGACAAAUCCAAAACUAUUUUCGCUGAAAGCUCAUCCCAUGGUGGUAAAAUAAAGUUGAAUAAUUAUGAGACAGUCAAUGAACAGAAUCCCCUUAGCGAAGAAGAUGCGCAACUUUUUGGAUCCACUUCAGCGUUGCAAACAUUCUGGAACGAGGAAGGCACGAAGGAGACCAUACGAAUAGCACAGGCAAAGACAAUGAAAAAAUAUAUGGACAUUCAUAUUGAUCCUUGUACAGAUUUUUAUAAAUAUGCCUGUGGUAACUGGGAACGUUUACAUCCUAUACCAAGGGAUAAAGCUGGAUUUGAUACGUUUGAAAUGUUGCGUGAAAAUUUAGAUGUAGUGUUAAGGGAGCUUUUAGAAUCCAAAGACACCACAGAAGCUGUGUCGGCUCAAAACAAAAUUGUAAAUAUUCCGCAUAAUAACUACGAACAUGGUAUUGAAACCCAUGCGGAUAUUAUAAAGUCAGGUUCAUCAGUAUCUGUCGCAGAAGGAGAUCUGAAUAAAAAACUCGAUGCAACCAAAUCCUUUGAUCAGCUUGAAAAACAACUGAAAGAGAAAUCAGCACGCAUCCGACGGCAUAUCAUAGAGCAUAGAGACGCCCUAGGCUUUGUUUUACGUCGUUAUAAACGUCAACAAGCCACAGCAAAUAAAAGAAAUCUCUUAGUUACUCUGUUGAGUCUCAGUAAUCUUUCAUCUGAGGAGAGCAGCUUCACGGAAUAUAUAGACACCAAUGAUGCGCAGCUGAAAGCAAAAUAUUUAUAUCAAUCCUGCAUAAACACUAACCUUCUACAAAAACGUGGCACUAAGCCUCUACUGAAUUUGAUCGAUAGUUUAGGUGGAUGGCCCGUACUAGAUCCGAAUUGGAACGCUCAAAAUUUCGAUUGGUUAAAUUUAACGGCGCAACUACGACGCUAUAAUAAUGAUAUCCUAAUCGUAGAAUGGGUAGGCCCAGAUAUAAAGAACUCUGACGAAAAUGUCAUACAGUUUGAUCAGACGAGCCUUGGACUACCUACGCGCGAGUAUUACUUACAAGACAUGAAUUCGCGCUAUUUGAGAGCCUAUCAGUUGUUUAUGUCCGAAAUAAUGCAAAAGUUGGGUGCUUCCCGAGAUCGCGCAAUCAAAACAGCGUCAGAAGUUGUGGAAUUCGAAACACAACUGGCAUCGAUAACAGCUCCGGCUGAACAGCGCUUAAAUGUUACAAAGCUGUACAAUCGUAUGACCCUUAAGCACCUACAUCAAGUAGUACCAGAGAUUAAUUGGCUACGCUACCUUAGUAUCUUGCAAAAUCGCAAUAUCCACGACUCUGAGGAGGUGGUUAUUUAUGCCUUAGACUAUAUGAAUGAUCUUGUUCGCCUGCUACGUGCAACUGAACCUAAGACAGUAUCUAAUUACUUGCUUUGGCGAUUUGUACGUCAUCGCAUUAACAAUGUUGAUGAUCGUUUCGAAGACACUAAACAAAAAUUUUAUCAUUCUUUAUUCGGCCGAGAAGAGAGCCCCCAACGGUGGAAAGUAUGUAUAGCACAAGUAAACACUAAUAUGGGAAUGGCUCUGGGUUCAAUGUUUGUUAGAAAAUAUUUCGAUGAAAAUAGUAAACGUGAUACACUGAAAAUGACACACGAACUACAACAAGCUUUCCGUGAAAUAUUAAAAAACACAGACUGGUUGGAUUCGAGUACCAAGCAUUUGGCUGAAUUGAAAGUAAAUGCAAUGUCUUUGAAAAUUGGCUAUCCUGACUUUAUACUAAACCCUACAGAGCUUAACGAAAAGUAUACAGGUAUACGGAUACAUCCUGAUAAAUAUUUUGAAAACACUUUACAUGUACUAUUGCAUACGGCUAAAACAGAACAAAACAAAAUUCAGGAAUCAGUGAAUAAAACAGCUUGGCAGACAGCACCGGCAAUUGUGAAUGCGUAUUAUAGUCGAAACAAGAACCAAAUUAUGUUCCCCGCCGGUAUACUUCAACCUCCAUUCUAUCAUCGUCAUUUCCCACGAUCAUUAAAUUUUGGUGGAAUUGGUGUAGUUAUUGGACAUGAGUUGACCCAUGGCUUCGACGAUAAAGGCCGACUAUUCGACCGAAACGGUAGCAUACAUAAGUGGUGGACAGAUGCCUCUAUUAAGGGUUUCGAUGAACGAGCACGUUGUAUAAUUUCCCAAUACAGUAACUAUACUGUCGGAGAAGUCGGCAUAUCUCUAAACGGCGAAAGUACACAAGGUGAAAAUAUCGCUGACAAUGGGGGUCUACGCCAAGCAUUCCAUGCUUAUAAAGCUUGGUUGAAAAACAAUCCGCAGGCUGCUGCUGACGAAAAUCUUCCCGGCAUCAACAUGACUGGCGAACAACUAUUCUUCCUUAAUUUUGGACAAGUGUGGUGUGGUGCCAUGAGACCAGAAGCAGUACGCAAUAAACUCAACACCGCAAUACAUAGCCCUGGCCGAUUUCGCGUCAUAGGAACGCUUUCCAACUCAAAAGAUUUUGCUAGGGAAUUUAAAUGUCCGGAAGGUUCACCCAUGAACCCAGUCCAUAAGUGCAGCGUUUGGUAACAAUAGUUUAGUCGGCAAAAUCUUAAAAAUAUUUAGUUUCUAUGAAACAUCACAAUUCACAUAUUUUGGGAGGGUAUUUUAACAUAUUGUCGAUUACCAAAUUGUAAACGCCAUUUUUAUUACAAAGUAAAAGUAUUGUAACGAUAUCAACAGUCUCAUACUAAGAUAUUCUAUAAUGUAUGUGGAUAUCACUAUUUAAGUAUGUAGAUAUAUAUUUAGACAUAUAAAAUAUCAUAUGUAUGUGUUUAGACUUAAUUAAUACAAAUCAAUAAUUAUAUCAUUAUGAUAAAUUAUUUAUUUUAAUAAAUAUACCGACAAAUAUUAAUUAU